AUGCAGUCACUCCGGCAGAAGCUCAAAGACACCAAGCUUCACGAUGCCAAAAUUGAAGCAAUCCAUCUCAAGCACAAGAUAGGCAAGCUCAAGAACUUGGUCAAUCCGAAUCAUCGCCAUGACGAGGAGCAUGAAAAGGCCACCGAUCGCAAAAGAGCGGCCAUCUGCGACGGCCAUCGCUUCAAAUCAUUCUUCCCCGAGCGAGACAAUAACAAAAUCAAGUGGUAUGUUGAUGGCCGCGAUUACUUCUGGGCUGUCUCGGUUGGUAUCGAGAAUGCCAAAGAGACCAUCUACAUUGCCGACUGGUGGCUUUCGCCAGAAAUCUUCAUGCGCCGCCCCGCCUUCUUCAAUCAAGAGUGGCGUUUGGACCAGGUCAUCAAGCGAGCAGCUGAGCGAGGUGUUCAAGUCUAUGUGAUUGUCUACAAGGAGGUGCAACAGGCACUGACUUGCAACUCUGCCCAUACGAAGCAUGCCCUUCGAGCUCUCUGUCCCGAAGGCACUCCAGGCCACGGAAACAUCCACGUUAUGCGACAUCCAGAUCACAAUGUGUUUGAGAAUAUGGGAGAUAUGACAUUCUACUGGGCCCACCACGAGAAGUUUAUCGUCAUUGACUACCACCUGGCCUUUAUUGGUGGCCUCGACUUAUGCUUCGGCCGAUGGGAUCUUCGUCAGCACCUCCUAGCAGAUGUCCAUCCGUCGGGUGUUGUAAACGAACUGUUCCCUGGCCAGGAUUUCAACAACAACCGAAUCAUGGACUUCCAAACCGUCCAAGACUGGUACAACAAUGAACUUAACAAGACCGAUUAUGGUCGCAUGCCUUGGCACGAUGUGGCCAUGGGCCUAGUUGGUGAAUGUGUGAUCGAUAUUGCAGAACAUUUUGUUCUCCGAUGGAACUUUAUCAAACGCGACAAGUACAAACGUUCUGAAGGGGUCGACUAUCUUUGCAUGACUACACGCGCUAAAGCUGACGGCUCCAAUCCUGAUGAAGAUCUGAUCUCCAUCCAACGCCCCAAGCAUCCCGUGGGCGAGUACAUCGAGCACCCACUCAGCCCCCUCGAGAGCAAAGGACUCCAGAACGCGGGUAGUGUGCACGCACAAGUUGUGCGUAGCAGUGAUGACUGGUCGAGCGGUAUCCUAAACGACCAUAGCAUUCAGAACGCUUACGCGGAAGUCAUCGAGAACGCCCAGCACUAUGUCUACAUUGAAAACCAGUUUUUCAUUACCGCGACUGGUGAUCAACAAUUCCCCAUACACAACACAAUCGGCCGCGCGAUUGUCAAUGCAUGCGUUCGUGCUGGAAAAGAAGGUCGCAAAUUCCGAGUUAUCAUAGUUAUCCCUGCCAUUCCAGGCUUUGCCGGUGACUUGCGUGACGACGCGGCCAUAGGCACCCGAGCCAUCAUGGACUACCAAUACAAGUCUAUCAACCGCGGCGAGCACAGUAUCAUGGGGCAAAUCAAGGCCGCGGGUUUCGAUCCCACCGAGUACAUUUUUGUCUUCAAUCUACGUGCGUACGACCGUAUCAACAAGACCCCAGCCUUGAUCCAGCAAGAGAAAGAAUCCGGGGUCUCGUACCAGGAGCUCCAGCGCGCCGAAGCCGAAGAGAUCAUGGGCCCCGGCAUCCACGGCUACGAAGGCGAGAGACAGGAAGGGGAGUCCCACGGUGCCGGCCCUGGUGUCAGUCAGGAUGAACAGGAACGCAUCAUCGACCGCAAACGACAAUUUGAGGCUGCUCGGCAUAAACUCGACGUCAAAGACCCCGUAACGUCGGCUGACUCGAUCGCUGAGGAUGCCAUGGCUCGCGGCGGUCUCGUGACCGAAGAGCCAUGGGAAGGCGAGCCCGAGGACGAGAAAGCGAACUUUGUCCAAGAGGAGCUGUACAUCCACGCCAAACUCCUCAUUGUCGAUGACCGCACAGUCAUCUGCGGGUCGAGUAACUUGAAUGACAGGUCCCAGCUCGGCUCGCAUGACAGCGAACUCUCCAUUGUCAUGACUGACACACGCACCAUCGAGUCGACCAUGGACGGCAAACCAUACCAGGCGGGCUUCCACGCCGCCACGCUUCGCCGACACCUCUGGCGCGAGCACCUGGGUAUGAUCGAAGCCCAGGGUGUUGACGCAUCCAAGGACCCCAACGCCCAGCCUCCGACUGUGUGCAUGAACGAAGAAUACAGCGGAGAAGAGUGGGAGUUUGUCGCAGACCCCCUGGGCGACGAUGUCUGGGACAAAUGGACCAACCAGGCCACCGUCAACACCGACGUCUAUAGACAUCUCUUCCGUGCAGACCCGGACGUCAACAUCAAGACGUGGAAAGACUAUGACAAUUUCGCGCCCCGCAAGACCGUCAAGCAGGGUCACCUGCACGACCCGCACAUGCCAGCCGAAAUGGUUCGUAAGGAACUCGACAAGAUUCGAGGCCACCUCGUCUGGAUGCCGUUGGACUUUUUGUGUGAGGAAAAUAUGGCCGAGAGGGGACUACAGGUCAAUUCUUACACUGAGAGUAUCUACACUUGA